AUGAUUUUCAAUUUAACAAUAAGCUUCAUCAGAUUUAUUUUGGUGGAAAAGUGCGCCAUUUUCGCGUCUUUGUUUCGAUUCGAAACAUUCUGUAAAUGGGAUUCCCUGGCCCGGGUGGACCAUCAUCCGUCGAUUCUGUGCGGAGAUUUCGAUAACGCUAACUGUGGUGCGCUGAGGUUGAACGGCCCUCUUCUGACGGAUCUAUUGGAUCUAUUUGAUGUCGACUAUCCGGAUAAGCUGCGGUGGCCAUCCUUGCAGAAGUCCCCUGGAAAUCUUCCAUCCGCCGCACCAGAGGCCGUUGAAAGAUGCCGCCAUGGUGGUGGUUCCCAUUCAGCCAUCGACGACGAUGGCUGGAAUGGUAUCCGUCUAGAGAGAUUCCCCGUCGAUUCAAGAUUCAAAGAUGUUAAGGCUGCCGCACGCACAGGCAAGCGACCAACAAUCGGCAUUAUGCGUCACUGGCAAAGAGCUGGUGCUUCGCUGACUACCCAUCACCUACGCCGUCACCGAAGUCGAACAGGAAAUCAGAUUGAAGUGCCUGGAAGUCACGCUACAGAUCUUUAAGAAACCCCAAAUCGGAGGCAAUAUUGGUCUUAAUUAGGAACCAAUAGCUUCCGGUACAACCUGUCCGAGAUACUCACAAUGGUGACGAUUUAAAAGUUGCUGCCACAUCUGAAACGGGACGGGACACAGCAUUGCUGAAGGGCAUCACCUCCAUCGAGUACCAAGCAGAUUCUUCCUCGACCAACUGCAAAUAACUUGAGGCGCUCAGCGUUGAUCUGACCGACUAAUUGGU